AAAACGUACAAAUCAACGGAUUUUCUUAUAAGUAUAUAUCAGUUUACACUGUAUUGCUAGUUUCCUAUUGCAUAACUAACUUAACACCAGGGGGCUUUUAUUGGAUGCCGUAAACUUCAUGCAAACUGUAGAUGCCAAACUUAAUGAGAGCAUUUAAUGUUCUUAGGAUAUUCGCUUUGCUAGGAAGUAUAACAGCACCCCGAACGUGUUUGUUUCCGCGAACCAUUCAUCUAGCGGUGGAAAUCAACAACCAGUACACAAUGGAAUAACUGCUUGGGUAGAGUACAUAAAUAUGACCGGUGUCCGAGUUUGUUUAAAGGAAUUGUAUGGGACAAAGUAUGAUCCACUGUCCAUAUCAUACACUGUCCUGUCUGACGUUUGCCAGCCAGGGUGGAGUUACUUUGGUGGUUAUUGCUACUUUACAAGCCCCGCAUGCGCUUCAUGGCUGACCGCUGAGUCAAACUGUUCUGCGAUGGACUCUGAUCUGGCGACUAUACACAACCAGGAGGAGAAUGUGUUUAUUCAACACCGUCAUGACGGAGAUAAGUCCUGGAUAGGGCUAAAUGACCGCAGUGUUGAAGGCUCUUUUGUGUGGACAAACAAAGAAAUUAGCAGUUUUAGGUUCUGGGCUCCAAACCAGCCAAACGACUGGAACAACGAGGAUUGUGUCCACACGCUUGGCGUGAGGCAUGGAUACACUUGGAAUGACGUGCCAUGCGAUAACUGCUUCAACUUCACUUGUUUUACAGGUGAUAAAUCAUUUCUUAAUAUGUAAUUGUUCCCGAUCAUGAUUUAUCACUUGAUUGACCGGUAGGGUGAUUGACUGAGGCUGGUAAGUUUAUUGAGUAAACUUUUUGGGAAAAGGGCAAUGAAAACAGCGCCGAGCAACAGUUGCAAAAGAAAAAUUUCGAAAAAAUAACCACGUUAAGAUCAGGGCUAUCAUUGAUUUAGACUACACACAGAUUGUUAAAUAUGUAUAUACAUGCAUGAAGACACGAUUGAUCAUCACAGUUAUACACAACUUAAGCAGUUGUGAAAAUUAAAGCC